UCACGGAGCAAAAACUUAGUAGGAAAAGCCUCUCCGUUCAGAACAACCAAAGAGUAUCAGGAACAGAAAACAUGAAAACCAUUCUAAUCUUUCUGUUCAUCGUUCCACUUGCCACUUCAGCUGGAGCUGAGAAGGACUAUUCCUCUGAUUCUGCUGCAGCUCCUGAGACAAAAUCAAGAUUUGCCAUGUUAGAUGACGUACGAAUCUUAGCCAAUGGACUCCUCCAGCUUGGGCAUGGUCUUAAAGACUUUGUUCAUAAGACAAAGGGGCAAAUGAAUGAUAUCUUUCAAAAACUUAACAUUUUUGAUAAGUCCUUUUAUGAGCUCUCACUGCAAACGAGUGAAAUCAAAGAAGAAGAAGAGCAGCUCAGACAAACUACUGCCAGAUUGCAAAUCAACAAUGAAGAGAUAAAGAAUCUCUCUCAGGAGAUGAAUUCAAAGAUUGAAUACCUCAUACAAAACAAAAUCCAGCUGCAAGAGAAAGUAUGGGGCCUAGAAGAUAAAGUCACUAAAUUGGCCGUUAUCCAGCCUACGGUGCAAGAGACAAAUGAAAUUUCUUCACUCAAAGCUUUUGUGGAACAGCAGGACAACCACAUUAAGCAACUUCUCAAAAUUGUAGAGGAUCAGCACGCACAACUCGACAGACAGCACAAUCAGAUAAUGGAGCUGGAGGAUAAGCUAAACCACAUAGAGCUCCAGGAAAUCACUGAUAAUUCCUUUAUUGUGGCUCAAACGGAACCAGAGGUCAUUCCCUUCCCUGCGCACAACUCAACCGCUGUAACGUACAAAUAUGACGGUGCCGCUCCUGACUGCACUGCUCUCUAUAACAGCGGCAUACGGUCCAGUGGCAUUUAUACUAUUAAGCCCAAUGGCUCGGAAGCUUUCGAUGUCUACUGUGAAAUGAAAUUUGGCAGUUCUUGGACUGUAAUUCAGAACAGAGUGGAUGGAUCACUAGAUUUCAACCAAACCUGGGACACCUACGAACAUGGUUUUGGUGAUCUCAAUGAAGAAUUCUGGCUAGGCCUGAAUAAGACCUAUGCCAUUACUAAACAAGGGAACUACAUUUUAAGGAUUGAGCUGCAGGACUGGAAAGAAAAUAAACGAUACAUCGAGUAUGCAUUCAGCUUGGGAAGCCCCGACACAGACUACACCCUCCAGCUCUCGCGGAUCUCCGGGAACAUCCCCAAUGCACUGCCUGAACAGACAGAACUGAGGUUCUCAACGACGGACCAUGACAUGGACAUAGCCAACGACUUCAACUGUCCAGAAAACUAUCUAGGAGGCUGGUGGCACAGUGAAUGUGAGGAAACCAAUCUCAAUGGGAAAUACGUCACACCGAGGUCAAGAGGAAGACUAGACAGAGGAAAAGGCUUAUACUGGAAACCUAAGAAAGGAAGAUAUUAUCUACUGAAGUCAACCAAAAUAAUGAUCCACCCAACAGAUUUAAAAAGUUUCGACUGAAUGCUCAACUUGAUGCAUUUUAAUUCAGACUGAACAUUAAAUAUAACCUGAACUUUCUGAUGUAACAGUAACAGGUACAUGUCUAAAUCCAUGCACUGUAUGUAUGGUGUAUCCUCCCAUGACAAACCCUGAGGCAUUUGCAAUCUUGCAGUAUGUUUGGUGAGUAUUCUCAUUACCCCUACCCCAAAUAUCAAUGUGCUGCAAGGGUAGCUUUUACCUCCCUGAGAUCAAACUCUAAUGCCUAGAAAUCAUAUACAUUUUCAUAUCUUAGGUAAUAUUGCUUGGGGAAAAGGAUUUUCAAGCUGUUGCAUUUGUUUCUGGGUUGUGUAGGAAGGAACAACCAAAGUGUUUCAGUAAACAUAAUGGACUGUCAAAAUGCUACAGAAAACAUUAAGGCAUUAAUCCGUAGGAAGAAAGAAUUCUGUUUUGUAAAGUAACUAAUUUUAUGUUUGGUUCAUGUUAUGGUUGUGGAAUGUUUCUAUGAGCAAAUGAAAAAUGGGUAAUUCCCCAUUUUACGGUUCUGUGCAUUUGCAGACAAACUUCCAGCAGCGUAAGUCGGGCCAAUGUUCGCUGAAGCACUGUAGUCAUGCAGCUCUACACGUGUGCACACACAUCAAGAAAGCCAGAGCACAGACCCUAAUCUUUUAGGUAUCAUGCUCUGAAGAAUAACUUUAAAACUAAGACUACUUGCUGAAACUUAAGAAUUAAGCUUCAAAGCUUACUGAAAUAAAUGAGAGAUCUUUUCUAUUCAUUUCAAGGGGAUUCAGAGCCAUCCCUUUGCUACCAUUUAGUACACCCCACUGAGGAAUUAAAUGAAAGACCAAGUGAGCAUGCAACAAAACGCCUUUCAGAGAACAGUUGAGUAACCUGCACUUCUGAGGCAACUCCGAUGGAGUGAGUGGUACCAUCUAACCUCUCCUACCUGAAAAGGCUACAUGACAGUGUCAGUCCUGCUCCUAAGAACAUUUACACAUUUGUUUAACUUUAUUUAGCUGCAGAAUCCUGUAAGACAGUAGAACUGUUGACAUGUUUGUGGAUGGCCAGCUGUGGAAGUUUUUCCUGACAAAGACCUCAAUUCUGCAGUUAUAUUAAGUCAUAUUGACUUACAUAUCUUAUCUAACCUUUGUACAGCGUGGAUUUUGUAUCUCAACAUUUGUAACCAUACAGAAAAGGUUUUUAAACUGUAAUGUGUCAGACUGAAACAAGUGUAAGUAGAAUGUGCUAAUUAUAGAGAAAUUGCAAAAGUACUUCUCGUAGAUUUAUUGCAAAGAAGAGAUCACACAAUAGUGCUUAUUGUACUGGUGUAUUUUAAUCUUUGAUUACCUAACAUCUACAAAAACACCACUAAUAAAUUAUACUUCUCAAAAAGACCAAGGGAUAUGGAACUUGAGUAAAUCGUCCUGUAAGAUCUGGUUUCUAAAAACAUGGUUUGUGUUUAUCUAACUUUUACAAUAAAAAUUGGCAUAUUUGGUAAGUCAGUGAAAAUACUCAACUAAAGAAGACAGUUCCACUCAGAUGUGUAUUAUCUCAAAAGAUACUGUGAAAAAGUUUUAAAUAGAGGAAAAUGAAGAAAAGAAGUCUGCUCCCUGCCUGGUCUUAGUUUAAAAAAAGUUAUUGUUUUCUGAAAUACUUUAAAAUAAUAUUUGUAUCUUCCGGAUCUUCAGAGAAUUUUUUAAUGCACUGUAAAGAAACUGCAUUUAAAUUAAAACAGAAAUAUGAAUGAA